AACAACAAAGUAUGUCAAGAAAAGGAACAUAAAAUCAAACAAAUAAACCCUUAAUUAGGGGUGGAAAGAUAGGGUUGGAGUAUAGGGUACCUUAUUACCCAACCCGAAAAAAUCGGGUAUCCUAUAUCCGAUAAAUUUGGGUUCGGAUUCGGGAUCGGGUAAUUAGGGUGUUAAAAAAUCGGUAUAAUAUUUAAUAAAUUUAAUUAAUUCUUUUCAUUUUCAAAUUGAAUCAAACCCUACCCCACGCCACUCUCAACUCCGUCUGUGCUCUGUCCAGCCCCGCCUCCCAACUCCCUCUCUUCCUUAACUUCCUUUCCGCCUCCCAAACUCCCGCCCGCCUCCCAACUCCCAGCGGCGCCGGCCUCUCGCGACCCUCGCCCAGUCGUCCCCACUCCCAGGUCCGAGUCCCGCCCGCCUCCCAACUCCCUCUGUUCCCUCGCGAGUCGUCGACCCAGCCGCGCCGCCUCCGUUGUCCCAGCAGCCGCGCCGCCUCCGAGCUCCCAGAAGUCACGCCGCCAACCGUCCCCAGUGCUGUUCUCGUCUCCCAGUCUCCUCUCUGUUCUUGGCGCCUGCCAGCAGUAGCAGUUACCGGGAAAGUAGAAAGUAGUUGCAAACGCUGAUAAUCAAGUUGUCAUUGGUGACGCAGUCGAUCGUCGGCCCCGGAAACUGCCCAUUUAUGCGAAUUAUACAAUUUCUGGGGCUGAACUGGAAUUUAUAUUGAUUCAUUUCGUAGAGCCAAAGUAUUGGGUAUUAACCAUAUCUAUAUAUAGAUAUAGAUUUUACUUAGAUUAUGGAAGUAGUGAAAAGUGUGGUGAGUUUUAUGUGCAAUUCUGAGUUCUGGAGAAUGGCAGUGCUCUGGUCAUUUUCUCUUAUCUUUUCAUAUUUGAAGCUGUUCUAUGAAAGCUUAUUCUCGCAAGAGUCGAAAUUUCAACCUCGUUGUUCGCUCAAAGACUCUAUUUUCUCCACUGCAUUGGUGGCUAGGCCUGUCUGCAUUGUAACUGGGGCCACUUCGGGCUUGGGUGCUGCUGCUGCUCAUGCUCUCUCAAAUGAGGGAUUUUAUGUUGUUCUAGUUGGAAGAUCUUCUGAGCUGUUAUCUAAGGCUAUAUCUGAGAUCAAGAGUCGAAACCAUGAUGCUUGCCUGAAAGCCUUUGAGGUUAAUUUGUCUUCCUUCGUGUCAAUCCUUGAGUUCAAACACUCGCUUCAGCAAUGGCUACAAGAUUCAAACAUGCAUUCAUCCGUUCAACUCCUGAUAAACAAUGCCGGGAUCUUGGCAACAUCGCGUAGGUUUACUUGUGAAGGAUAUGAUGAGAUGCUCGCUACGAAUUACAUUGGUGCAUUUUGUCUCACCAAAGUUUUACUCCCCCUUCUUGAAAGCAGCCCGGUGCCUUGUCGCGUGGUCAAUGUCACAUCAUUUACUCAUCGAAAUGUUAGCUUCAGGCAGGCUGAUAGGGAAACAAUCUCUGGAAAAUUCUUUAUGAAAUCAAAGGAUUAUCCGUAUGCACGUAUUUAUGAGUAUACUAAAUUAUGCAUACUGCUCUUCUCAUACGAGCUUCACCGAAAAGUUGGCCUAAUGAAGAAAUCUCAACAUCUAUCUAUUGUCGCUGCGGAUCCUGGCGCCGUGCAAACGAACAUCAUGCGAGAAAUUCCUUCACCUGUGUCAACAAUGGCUUUUGCAGCAAUGAAACUCUUAGGCGUACUUCAGUCCUCAAAAACCGGCGUAAGCGCUAUUGUUGACGCGGCACUGGCCCCUCCGGAUGUAUCGGGGGUCUAUUUUUUUGGAGGGAAAGGUCGAAGUUUGAAUUCUUCUGCACUUUCGUAUGAUGCCAAGCUUGCAAAGGAUCUUUGGGAUGCUUCCUGCAACCUUUUUGAAGAAGAGCAGGUGGCUGCUCAACGAGACGGGAAUUGUGCAGUUGGUAACGACGAGUAACCUUGAAUCACUAGAUUCUUUGAAUGCUUGUGUUAACUUUCUAUACCCGAAGAAGAUAGAGUUUUAUGAUAUCUGAUAUUGGCAGAGUGUUUGCAUUCUUUUAUGUUUUUGGUUGAUUGCUGCAAAAUGCAUCAAACUUUGGAACACCUCUGCCAUGUGAUUCAACCAUUUAUAAUAUAAAGUUAUGGA